ACCAGACAUUCACUCAGCCCUCGUGUCUUCAAAACUGUACACCUCCGCCACGCGUUUUCCGCCACGACAAACUCAUCCGUGCAACAGAGGUUGUGGCUUCUGGCGCUUGUCGACCUUCGCUGCUCCUUGCGAUGCUGCAGUGCGUGACGAGAUCCCUGUAGUGACACCAAUCAAGCCCGCGCAUCUCCAAGAAAAGCAUCCGGCUUCGACCCACCCACUUACCGCACUGGAUGACGGAAGCUGCACGACGAUCCAAUGGAUCUUCUCCAGUCGCCAUGACGGAACACGGUGAGGCUGACAAGACCAAUGUUGCUUCCGAACCAAAUGCGCCAAAGAGCGCCUCUCCCUCAAAGACAAAGGCCAAUGCGACCGGCUCCGAGGCGCCUGCAAAGGCCUCGAAAAAGCGAAGAAAGGUCAAUCAUGCAUGCAUCUACUGCAGACGUUCGCACAUGACCUGUGAUCUCGAACGACCAUGCACACGCUGUGUCAAGCGGAACAUUGGCCAUCUGUGUCGUGAUGAGCCUCGAGAAGGUGUCAAGAAGGCCAAAUCCGAGCCAGACAAUGGUGAAGGACAGAGUCAGCCUCCUCAGAUCGAACCCGCCACGUCCGAAGCAGCACCAGCCGCCACUCUCCAGCAGCCCACUGCUUCAGAUGCCGGACUCAACCUGGCACCGCAUCAACUGCCCCCCAAUGGAGAUGCAAGCACAGCAUCAGGUACUCAACCCGACCCCGUAUCCGCGCCACAGCCGCCUGCUUUGACGGCUAGUAAUCAACCCUUUGGGAGCUAUGAUGGCUUGCUCUCAUCGUCACAGAACAACUUUCAGGAUAUGCACUUUCAUCCUUCAUAUAUGUUCAAUACCUCAGAAGUGAGCAAUGAGUAUAACCUGCUCAACGACUUUCUCAACAACAGCCUCAUGGACGACGGUGCUUUCUACGGAGGCAAUGACUUCCAUUCUCUUUUUUCUGACGCUUCCCUCAUGAACCCAAUGGGCUCUCUAAACAGUAACUCUGCUUUUAAUCCUAAUGGAUCAAGACAGCAACAGUUGCUUCCACCACCUGCGCAGAAUGCAGCUACUAAUACAGCACAACGAUCCACAGGCGGGGUGCCCAUUGACAAAGCAAGAGAAAGAUACCUUAUAACAGCUGCUGAUCCGGCCGGCUCGGAUAGCCCGGAAGAGCGCAUGAACAAACUACUAAAGGCAAAAGUAGAUGCAGGACUAUUGAAGCCCUUCAACUAUGUCAAGGGUUAUGCAAGACUCAACCAGUACAUGGAACAGAAUCUGCAGCAAAUAUCCCGCGUCAGAGUACUGCGCCAGCUGGAUCGCUUCCGCCCAAAAUUUCGGGAACGAAUGCAGAGUCUGACCGACGUAGACUUGGUGCGUAUUGAAAUGUGGUUCGACAAGAGCUUGAUGGAGUACGAUCGCGUAUUUGCGAGCAUGGCUAUUCCAGCGUGUUGUUGGCGAAGAACAGGCGAGAUUUACCGAGGCAACAAGGAAAUGGCGCGCCUCAUUCACGUACCAAUGUCAAAACUCCGAGACGGUAACAUUGCUCUACAUGAGAUCAUUGCUGAGCCGUCUUUGGUAUCAUAUUGGGAAAAGUUUGGUGCAAUCGCAUUCGAUCACACUCAGAAAGCUAUUCUGACGAGUUGCUCGUUGAAAAACCCCGAUCCGAACUCCAAGGAUCCCGAAAUACGUUGCUGUUUCUCUUUCACUGUCAAGCGAGACGCGUGGAAUAUACCCGCACUGAUUGUCGGCAACUUUCUUCCCAUAACCGAGGCUACUUCUGGCCCGCUACCUGCGUCAUAGUACUUUGAUGUGAUUUCUGUAUUCAAAAACUGUACGAUGGAGCUGCUGAUUUAUGGAGGUUGCGUGCAUAUGAUGUGAUGCAUAGCAUACGUUUUAUGGGUUAAUUUACUGGAGGGUUGCGUGCAUAUGUGAUGGUGUGAUUGCAGACGCGAAAGAUAUCCAUACCUGGCUUUAGUU